UGAUCUUACUUUAUAGCUUUUUGAGAGAAAAUGUUAUAUAGCGACUGCAGACAGGUCAUGCGAGUCAUUUUGCGAAAGAACUUACCAUUGUUCAGAGUGGAGCUGUAGUGUCUUGGGCUCGUUGGAAGAGAGUUCGAGUUUUUGUUAAAGAAACGUACAGAUCUAACGCUCUAAGGAAGUGACCAUUGUGUAUGGUGUGAAUAGUUUAAGUUCUUCGCUCCUUUCCUUAAGUCUUCUAUUUAAUUUCUCUUUAUAUAUAUAAAAUUUUAAUAUUGCCCCAAGGAGCAAGUUUGGUUAUAAAUUGAGUUUUACUGUGAUUGUUGAAUAACAAAAGGGAGAGAAAAGAGCAAAACUUUCAUUGGAUUAAAAUUCAAUUAAGGAAUCACAAUGCGAUUAAGGAAUUUGGGGAUACUGUUGUUCACUUUGCUUGCUGUUUGUGAGGCACGGCGUGUUCGAGUACAAACAAGGCCAAAACCAGAGGAUGUGGAGAGUCGAGAGGCAGCCUCUAUCGAGCAUACGGAUGCUGAUGAUAGCAAAGCCCAACCAGCCAUUCAGUACUAUAGCGCAGCAGAACCACAAGAUAAUCAAGGAAGAGUGAUUCUUGUAGCAUCUGAUGAUGACUACAACGGUCCAUAUGGUCAGCCAACAUUGAGACCAAGAGCAGACUACAACAGACCAACUGUUGCUACGAGACCUCAAACUGCUGCCCCUAUUGCUCGAUCCAAGGAUCAUGCCACUAAGCCCCCUCCAGUUCAAACAAUUCGAAAUUAUAGCAAAGUGAACGACGAUGGUUCUUUCACCUUCGGCUACGAAGCUGCUGAUGGGUCAUUCAAAGAGGAGACCCGUGGAACUGAUUGCGUUGUGCGUGGAAAGUACGGGUACAUUGAUCCUGAUGGCAACAAACGAGAAUUCACUUAUGUCUCAGGAAAUCCAUGUGACCCCAAUAACCCGGAAAGUGAAGAGGAAGAGCAAGAAAGGUCUGAGGAAGAUUCAAAUGAAAACAUACCUCAGAACUAUCCACGACGACCAGUUCCCCGUCCUGUGCGUCCAUUGCAUACCACUCCUCGACCUACCACAACUGUUUUUCAAAAUAAUUACGCCCACGCAUCCCUACCACAGCAGCAAGAUGGCACUGAUAGUGAAGAAUCUGAAGAGCAAGAACCAAUCCAGUAUAUCCAACCCCAACGACCAUCAGUCACUCAACGUCCUAUAAUUAGGACGCAACCACAAGAAGUGACUAUACGCGAAAGACCACGCGUGACUGUUAGCACUACCCCUACUCCAGCUGCAAUUCAGUACACACCCUCCCAAUCGGUCAGCAUUACACCACGACCAACCUACCGUGCACCAACCCAAACCCUCCAGACCCAACCUCCUGCUACAACCUAUAGACCAGCACUGAGCUCUACGCAGAAGUCCACCACUACCUACAACAGUCCAUCGGCUUUCAAUGAAGGCUUGCCAACGAGACCGACAGCAAGUCGAAGGCCGAUUGACUUUGCGGCGGAAUUCCAAAAAUUCCAAGAUGAAACAAAUGCCCUAACACCCUCUCCAGUUGCACCUUCAGCUGGUAAACCAUUCAAACCAGCAGCAGCACUGCCAACUGGAAAUCCCAUAUAUCAAUCACAAUUGAUUUUCGAUCCCUCUACUGGUCAAUACGACGCGAAUCUGUACCAGCAGUUGCCACAGUCGGAGGGUGAUUUUGCACUGAGUCAUCGUAUUCAACCAUACGUGCACUUGCACCCUCAACCGACGCUAGUCUCACUGGAGCAACUCCAGAAUCAGAGCCCUCUCUACAGGCAACAAAUACCGCAACCACAGCCGCAGCCGCAACAGUUGAGGCCUGCGCCUAUUCCCGUGCCACAAUUCUCGCAGCAGGUGUACCAGAAGUCGCAGGAGAAUCUUCAAGUGUUGAAUUCUCAGCAGCUCUUUGCACAGCAGCAGGAGCUGGCACAGCAACAAUUGCAACAUGAUCGCCUUCAUGCGGCCAAGAAGUCACAAUCUGCUGCCGGUUCACACAGGUUCCAGGUUCAGGCGCAACCACAGCGAGCUCAGCCUCAAGCCUUACCACCACAGCAGGCAUUCUAUUUAAUUCAACCCGCUCCUGGUGGAUCUCUCGGCCAAAUAGAUGCCUUCCUGCGAGGACAGAACCUUGACUAUUAGUUGCAAGCAAUAUCAGUCACUUGAGAAGACACCUAAAGAAUACAUAUAGGUUUAAGAAUGAGAAAAAAUUAACACCAUGCAAUUAGCCACUGAUUUAGGUGUAAAAGUGUAAAAAAAAUACUCCAUGUGUGUAAAUAAUUGCUGUAAAUUCCUUUUCCUACAAAUUAAUGCGAUUUACGAUGAAAAAACUUCAAUAGGUCGGUUGGUAUGAAAUGUUUGUUUUCAUAACACAUAGAUUCGUAAUUCUUCUUAAUCGACAAAGUGUGACGGUGGUCACCGUGUGGGAGUAUUUUUAUAAAUUUUAUAGUUUUUGAUAUUUAAUAAAAAAAAUUAUUUAAUAACGCUGUAUUUGAACUUGGCUUAUUUGGCAAAUAAAUGAGAUUUAGGAUGUUACAUUUCACCAUCGAUGGGCGUCAAAAUUUGGAAAAUUUUAGGAUCAUCUAGAACAAUUUUUUUUGAAAAUCUAGGUAUAAGGAUUAGAUGAUUUUAUUCGAGAUCAUUCCUAAAAAAAUUGAAUCUGAACAUUUCAUACCAACUGACCGACAAAUAUCAUGAUUUUUGGAUUGCAUGCGAUUAACGACCUCAAUCAAUCACGCAUAAUAUUGAAUUGAAAUGGGUUUGCCAUAAAAUUAGCGGCAAAUAUUGUUUUUUAGUCAUUUAUCUUUAGAUUUUAUAAAAUGAUUUUAUGUAAAUUGUUAAUUUUUUAAGAUUAAUUGCGAUCCAUAAAAUUUCAAUUUCUUCUAUCAUUCUCUCUAUUUACUAUAUAUUAACUACUACAUAUAACAAGUAUUAUCAUAUCACUAUUUCUAUAUCUUUUCUAUCUCUUAUACUUUCUUGAAAUCUAUCUUAGUAGGAAGUUUAGAAAGUGAAAGUGAGCACGUUUGGUAUCAGAUGCGAACAUGAUAUUUUUCUCAUACUCUCCGUAUUAUAAUUAAUAAAUUCCGGUUCUUGUUGCAUUCCUUAGUGAAUUCUUCAGGCGACAAAGCAGUGUGAUUUAUUUCAAAGUCAAUUUACGAAGAAAAAAGGAAUUCAUGAGUGUGAUAGAAAAAAACAAGAAUAUUUAUAUCUCAAUUCAUGAGGCUUUGCAUUGUAGCAGCGCAAAAGACUAUGCCUCACAUAUUAAAUUCUAUGUGUAAUGUAAACAAUUUUCUUAGCAUUUAUAGUGUAAUUGGGUAUUAAGUAAUAAGAGCAAUUACACUUAAAGAUCGCCAAUGGUUAUUCCGUGUAGCUGGAGGAAUAUUAUAUAUGUACUUACAUACCUACUAGAUAAUGAAAGCGAAGAAAAAAAAAGAGAGAGAAGUUAUAUAUCGCGAUCCAAGAAUGCCCGGAUCACUUCAUUGAAAGAAAAACUCGCUCGAACGUGUAAAAGAAACUUGACUAUUGCAUCACAUCACACACCUUGUCUGCGAUUUCGGAUAUUGAAGCUUUUAGCAGAUAGGAAUUCAACACAUUUCAUAUGGCUAACGACGGAGUUUAUUUAACCCAAAUAUAUAUAGUAUGAGAAUUAGCUGCGGUGGCGCGAAAAAAAUCUCAAUCAAUUUUAUACAUUAAAAAGUAACAUGUUAGGUGAAUGAGAUUGACAGAGAGAUGAUUUAGUCUUGCAACAUUAUGUGCAGUUCUUCAUUUAAUCAAUACCAUGAUCUGCAUAUAAAAUAUAGUGGUAUGUAUAAAUUAAUUUGUCUACCAUAUAUCAAUUCAUUAAUUACGCAACACCGUUCCAGAGAACUCUCAAUUUAAUAAUGAAUUGAUUGAAAGCACAAUAAAAGAUUUGUGAAUUGUAUAUUAUUAUGUUAAAUGUUAUUAAAAAAACCAGAUUUUUUAUUGAUGUAAGAUCAGGUCCAUCUGUUCCAUCUGUUCUGUUCUUGAAAAAUCCAUUUUUGGAAAUCGAAAAUUGUAUUUCCUGAAUUUCCAAAAAAAACAAGGAAUUUUAAUGUAAAUGGAAGAAGCAAUUAAUUAUCCCUAAAAGGAAUCUCUAUAUACCAUUAAACAAUCUGCGCCUCUUUUGUUUCUAAAAUUUAUAGUAUAAUAUAACGAACAUAACAGUGUAAGAAAUGUAAUUAAUUUAAAAACUAUUGACAUUUUUUAUUAUUAUACAAACAUAUUACCAACACAACAAAAUACUCUGUUCCAAAUAAGAUUGAGAAUAAGAAUAAAAUUGUAAUAAAUUGUACAUAAAA